GCAAGCCCGUUCCCAGUACAAAAUGCCAUAAUGAGACGUCAGCGUUCGGCAAGCGCGUCUCGCGCAAAAUAACAGCGUUCGGAGUUGAACUGGAAAAGCCUCGUUUCUCAACCUGCAGCGCCCGGACGGAGAAAACUUGCCCAUAUUUUUCAGCGAAACCACGAUUCCCUAACAGCCUACUCAAUGGCAAACACAGCUUCAGCUCCUCGCUCGGCGACCACUCCACAAUCCCACCAACUCCGCCCUUCCGCACCCAACACACAACCACCUUCCUCCACCACCCCUCGCCGCACUGUCAAUGUCGCACCAUCAACGGUACCGGACCCUGCUAAACAAGUAUCCGGCCCAGCAGUUCAACCCAGCCGAUAUGCAGUCGGCUUACGGGAGUCUCAGUCACAGCAGUCUGGUAUCAACCCCAAUGCUCAAAAUGGCAAGAAAAGCAAAAUCAAAGCCACGACUGGUAGUACGAGUCAACUAGACGACCUUUCGGACUCGGCUGGCGAUGAUGACUUUCUGAACACCCCGGCGCCCACGAAAGCAUUCCGCAGUGACGAGCAGCUGAACGUGGAUGAGGGCGGUGGGGAUGGCGACGAUGGCGGGAACCGGCUCACUACGGCAUCGCGAGGCGUGUCAACGCAGUCGUUGGAGGCGGAUCCUGAUGCAUUGUUUGAGACGAGGAUCACCGCGCCGUCCCCGUCACAGACGUACUGGCAGCUGCUGGUGAUGCCGUCUGGAUUGGUGGUGUUGCGGGAUUGGCCGAAGAAGAGGUUCAGCACAAGAUGGACCCGCGACGGCGCUAUCAACCCGGGCGAGAGAAAGAUACCUGCUCACGAGGUCGAGGACCACAGAGAAAGGAUAAUAAGCAUUUUUGGAGAGGAAGUGUGGGAGAGGGUCGAAGGGCUGGUUCAGGAGCAUUUACCUGAGCCAUGAGGAGACUGAGCUUUUGGAGUAUUGGAUAGGGACCAGACAUGUCUGGAGCGACUGUUGCCGCGCUUCAGCAAUGUUCAGUUGCAAUCAAUGUACAGCAUAUGCUGCGGGUUCAGAAUAUGAUACGGGCCAGCGCCACAUCUUCACCACGCUGCAUUUGUUUCUGUCCUCGACAAAGCUGC